CUACAAAACUCUUUUAUUCAACGUUGAGGAUUUUUCAACUCUCAUGGCCACCGGACAACGAAGUAAACUUUUUUUUGCCGUGGAGGUUAAGUCUAUAUUUCCUGGAGAAUUUAUUUGUGUUUGUGGAUCUAUUCCCGAACUUGGUGAAUGGAUCCCAUCAAAAGCAUUCAAGUUAUCUCAGUGUGAAAAUGUCGAAAAUCGGUGGGUUGGCACUCUUGAAGUUGGUAUGGAGCCGAUCCAGUUUCGUUAUUUUAUUGGCUACUACUUGGAAAGUAGUAAAGCAUCGUCUCCCAAAGAACUUGUCAUCAGUAAAUGGGAGACUUUCCUUCAUCCGCGUCUAGUUCUUCCAGCUGUCGAAACAAUAUUUGGUUCAUGUCGUGGAAAUGUGGUCGAUACAUUUGGUUACAAUGCUGGCAAAGAGCUCGUUAGCGAUGGUUGGCUCACCGGUGAAAAUCAAACAGAAAUCUUGCUACGUAUUCAUGGCUCACCACUCAGUUUUUACAAGGAACGGCAUCAGAAACGAUCCUACUCUAUCAAAGUCUCGCCUUUCGAUCUUAGACAGAGAGAGGCUGGAGGCGCUGAUGAUGAUGAUCCAGACGACAGUCAAGAUGCGUUUAUGCAGUCUGCUUUGCCUUCAUACUCAUCUACCUAUCUUGCUGUGUUGUCAAACGACGAUGAUCCUUAUUAUCAUGAACAAUUAUCUUACGGGAAGAAGUUUAAUACUGAAACCGACUACUUUGUUUUUCGGACGAGAUCGGUGGCUGUCGAGUUCUUAGGCUUCUGUUUGGAGGUUUACGUUGCCUCCGAUGAUAAGGAGGGAAUUCCUGAGCGGUUUGCGACAGCCUAUGCUCUUCCAGCAUCACUACCCAAGUCUUUUGGAGAAUGUUCAAUUCCUUUAUUGUCAAGAACCAAUCGUCCUGUUGGACAGCUUUCAGUCGAUUAUCUUGUGGUUCGGCCGCUACGCAAGCCUCACCCGAAGCAAACUAUGUCUGUUUCAUAUGCAAGACAUUGGAAAAAACGGAAAACCCUUGAAGUCGGCCACAGAGGAUUAGGAAAUUCAUAUACCAAAAUGGCUGCCGACAGAGAAAACACUAUUCAUUCGCUGAACGCGGCUGCGGAAAAAGGAGCAGACUUUGUGGAGUUUGACGUACAACUAACAAAAGACAAGAUUCCAGUUAUAUUUCACGAUUUUUAUGUCUUGAUAUCAGUCGCGAGACGCUCUACAACCAAUUUAGACGCUAUUUCGAAAGACGGUGGAAACGAUUUUCACGAACUAGCUGUGAAAGAGCUUAAUUUGAAACAACUGCAGCUUUUACGGUUAGAUUAUUUCAAAGCGAAUUCUGAGUUUGCGAAGAGAGGAUUCCUGAAAGUCACUGACGAUUUCGAAGAUGUAGCAGAAAGGAGUCCAUUUCCUACUUUAAUAGAUGCGCUCCGUCAAGUGGAUCAAUCUGUUGGUUUUAAUGUCGAAGUGAAAUAUCCUAUGAUGCAAAAGAACGGUCUACAUGAGUGUGAGAACUAUUUUGAUCAUAAUGAAUAUUUGGACAUAAUACUUAGUGAUGUUUUGACUUAUGCUGGGGACAGACGUAUUGUUUUUUCAUCAUUUGACCCGGAUAUUUGUAUUUUACUUGCUGCUAAACAGAACAAAUAUCCAGUAUUAUUUUUGUGCGUAGGGGUGACGACUAGGUAUGAACCAUUUGUCGAUAUGCGUGCAUCUACUUCAAACUCGGCAGUUAAUCUUGCUGCUAGCAUUGGAAUACUUGGAGUAAAUUUUCACUCGGAAGAUUUGCUUCGUGACCCAUCACCACUUCACCGCUCAAAUAAUUUUGGACUUGUUUCGUUUGUAUGGGGCGAUGAUUUAGAUAACAGGGCGCAUCAGGAAUAUUUCAAGAAGGUUUUGUUGGUCGAUGGAGUCAUCUACGACCGUACUCAGGUAGUCCCACCUCUCGACAUGAGCGCGUCCCCGUCCUCCUCUCGUACGGUGUCUCUAGAAGAAACAAAUUCCCUCUCUGAAGGUUCAGCGUCUUCAUCAUCUAAUAUCUCACCUGCUCACUCCCCAAAUAUUCGUUCCUCUCCAUCUCACGUUGCUCGCCGUAAAACCUUUUAUGGCAUUUAAUG